AUGCAGUCAGGACCAUCUAUAGCAAAACCUCGUCCCAAACGCCGACGGCGAAUUUGUCGCGCUUGUGAUGCCUGCUACAAAAGAAAGAUCCAGUGUGAUGCAGCAACGCCCCGUUGCAAUUGGUGCCAUCACCAUGAUAUUCCUUGUACUUUCAAGCGCAACCAGGAGCGUAUUCAGGAACGCUCUGAAUCCCAUGACUCUUCAGGCACUCAACGGCUUGAUUCCACAGCAAUACCUAUUGCUUCUCAAGACGUGACCGGCCAAUUAGCCGCGCCAACAAGACAAAGUGGUUCGGACUUAACCUUCACUGUUGGGCCCCAGAGCAAUCUCCAUGUCGGAGGACAUACUCUCGGGAAUUUAUGCACCUUCAAUGGCCUGCCGUUCUUCUCCGCUACUGGCCGCCAGUGGAUCAAGGAACGCACCGGCGAAGACGUGAAUCUCGAAUAUACGUCACCAAGGCCAUCUACACUCGAUCCAUCAACGUCGAAUGGCGCCGCGCAUGCAGUACCGCUUCCGGACAAGGAGUUCUUGUAUCAACUACUCGACGGCUGGCAAAAUUCAGACCUUGCUAGAUUGUUUCCGUUUGUAGACCGAGUGCUCCUCGAAUCAACUGUCGCUGCCGCCUACCAUAAUGAAACAAGUAUCUCAUCUCCUGGUGCUGAGAGCGCUAGGGCCUGCAUUCAUGCGUUUACAACAACUUGCCUACAUGCCGCAGACAAACAACAUGGGCAUAGAGUAAUACAUACAGUGGACCAUCUUCAGACUGCCCACGACUUGAUCCCCCGGAUGAUGCACGAGUCUGUUACUAUAGAUGGUCUGCAGGCCAUUCUGAUGCUUAGUCUUUGCUCCCUGGUAAUCACAGGGAAUAUCCUGAUACUCGAGAUGUUAUUAGCAUCCGCGAUACGCUUCGUCUUUCAUCUAAAUGGUCACCUUGCUCCAGUCUACAUCGAUGACGAUCAGUUCAGGAGGAGCCUGCAUGUCCGAGAAUUAUUUUGGAUAUGUUACAUCAUGGAUAGGGAGUUUAGUCUACGCGCGGGUCAUUCUCCGUGCCUGGAUGAGAAUCAGUGCGACCUCACUCUCCCUGAUAUCCACCGCACUGCGACAGAAUUCCUCGCAGGCAUACGUCUUGCCAUGCUUCAGUCUGAGGUAUACCAUCGACUAUACUCCUUGAAAGCUUUGCGCCAGACGGAUGCCCAAUUAUUGGGCGCUAUUCGCGAUCUUGACAGCGCCUUGGAAAUUUGGAGAAUGUCUAUCCCCACCAACUUUCGGCCACGCCUCAUUGAUCGGGAAACAAACGCCAUGGACACGCCAAAUACGAUCUUUCAAUUACACUACCUGUAUUGCAUGGGUAUGAUCCACCAAGCAAGUGGACGAUGCUCUUCCUGGGUCCAAAAUCAAGACACAUCUGAAGCGGGCUCAAGCCUCGCUAUCAGCGUUGAAGCGAGUCGAUCGAUGCUGCAGAAAUUCCUAGAUGACCGCCUCGAAUUCAACAAGAAUAACCUGAGGUUCUGUCUUCCCUAUUUCCUGACAGCCAUCUGCCACCUUUUUUCCAACAUACUCUUCAACCCAACCCACGAGGGCAUCGAUGACGACUUGGAAUUGUUCAUGUCAGUGCCAACGCAUAUCAGAACACGUGUACCACCGGAAAUCCCGAGAUUGACGGCUUAUCACAUUAAGCUCUUCGAAGACUUUGUGAUAGAAUUAGGUCGCCUUGCUAGUAGUGCUAUUAAAAGGGCGCGGGAAGGAUUUGAACACAACAACUAGAAGUUGCUUCUGAUGUAAACAGCACAGUUUGAUUUUCUGUAACACUAGUUCCCUAGAGGGUUUGCCGUGCCCUUGUCCAGAAAAAUAAUACCUGAAAUUCUGUGAGAUAGAUCGCCCGCCAACGCUUGUACGUUGCUGCUGGGCGUCCGCUGCACAUGGACGCUGGGUAGACGCUGCAUAGCCGGAAGAAUCUUCCAAGGCGGCUUUUGAUGCCGCCGUCAAGACACCGGGCAAGGGCACAAUCGACACGAAGUCUGGAUCCAUUUCUGUACUUCGAGGGGCCAAAAAGCGGUUAAAGUCAGAUUGGGCCUGCUUGCUGAGUUGCGUCUGCAUCUGCAGAAAUGCUUGG